AUGACCAAUCUCUUGCGUACAGCCAAAUCAGGAAGCGACUGGGGACGAAGAGAACUCCGUGCGUAUAAUAUUGUUGUCGAAUACCAGGACGCAACCACCUUUUUUGGCGUCGACCCCCUACCACAACCACCUGUCGCUGCUGAAAUCUUGCACAAUGUUGCAGCCGAAGUUACGGCAGACGAAGGGAACUAUUCACUUUUGCGAUACAUGGAUUUGGCAAUGAAUCUAGUUCCUGCACAGGAGGUGGCUCGUUCGCGCGUAGACAUUCCGCUUUUCAUCUGCGGGGAGCAGCAUCAUGCAAAAACUGACGUUUAUCCGGAACCGCAGCUUAUAGCGGAAGCGAUUGCUGCCUCUCAGGCAAAUAACGACAAGCGAACGCGUAUCCUCGGACAGGAUCCUAUCGCUCACAAGAUUAUGCCUGGAAUUACCAUGACAGGCACAUCGCCCGUGUUCUACAAGAUUCCCGUUACCACUGAACUCGCAGAUAGUGUUUCGAUGGGCCAGUAUCCGCCAACACGCACUGUUGUCCAUGCACAUCUCCCUCCAGUGCUUCGCCCCGCUCGCCGUCUCAGUGAAGGCUUCAGCAAGUUUGUUUCUCAAAAAUCUUUCCUAUCGACUCUGGAUAUGUCAUAUGGUGUAUGGCCUCAAGCGAAUCUCCCACCUGAGGCCGAGCGCUUGCCAUACCUAUGGGGUGUCGGUUCAUCUGGACCUCUCUUGAUACAGGUGCUUGAUCAACCAGCCUCCUUCACCUGUGUCAAAUUUUUGACGAUGGGGAACUGCUUCUCAGAGACCUUUGGCGAGCCGAUUCUAGUCGCCAUUCCGCAGAUGCAGUCACCGGAGAAUCUGCUUUGGGGCAUGUUUGACGCUGAUAUCCCUAUCAAUCCCAAUAUUCUGAGAGACCCGCCCCGUUCAGAAACGAAGGGCGAAAUUAUCAUUCGUGAAUUUUUCGGAGCGACGCUCCACAGGAGUUUCUGCUUCCUUACUAUCACCAUGAUGGUUGGUAUCCUCGCUUUCUUCUUGUUGGCAAUAUCUACGACGGCCUUAGCAUUCAGUAACGAGUCAGACCUCGCUGUUGAUACACCUUGCACCCUGGUUCAAUGCAAUGACACCCUCCUCAAGUGGAGCGGCGGUUUCUGCCCGGUUAUUUCAGCACCUUACUACGUCUUGUAUAACCACCUAACUUCCAAUUCUAUGACCAAUUACUUACUAUUACAUAGCAUCGUCCCAGGAAGCGACCCGGAUGGUCCCAUACUCGAAGACCUAGGUCAACAGGACGAUACGAACGUAACAUGGACUGUCAAUCUUUCCGCAGGAACGUCAGUCAUCAUAGCAAUCCGCGACAGCGAAGCUGUGAGUAUCCAGAGCGACGUUGUACAAAUUCGAAAUGGCACGAACAGCACCUGCCUAAAUGAAUAAUUCACAUGGACUAUAUAUGCAUUAUAUGACUCGUCUGUCCGGUAUUAGCAGAAUAUGCGUAUAAAAUCGUCCUUCAAAGAAUGAGACCCAA